AUGCCACGUGGCGAGAUUUUUGUUGGAAACUUACACCGGAAAACACAACGUCAUGAUUUGGAAGAGGUAUUUCGCCAAUACGGUCGAUUAAUUCGUUGCGAUAUGAAAUAUGGUUGGUCAAGUGCUUACGCGUUUAUCGAAUAUGAAGUAGAACGAGAUGCUGAGGAUGCAAUUAAAAGUGAACAUGGACGCGUCUUGAAUGGUAUGCGUACAGUUGUUGAAUGGGUUAAAAGUGGACCAAGACAGCCUGGUCAGAAUGUUGUUCGAAAUGAUAGAUAUUCAAGAAAUAUUUGCUAUAAUUGUAUGGAGUCAGGACAUCAUAGUUGGGAGUGUCCAAAAGAUACGGGUUUGCAAAAACCUCCCCCGAAACAAAGACGUUCACGUUCAGGAUCAGGGCCAAGAGUGCGAAAAGAAAAACGACGUUCAGUAUCAAAAAGUCGAUCUCGUUCAAAUGAUCGUCAAGCACGUCGAAGACCAAGACGAUCACAAAGUUAUGAUCGUACACACAACAAUAAUAAUGGAGAUAAUUAUGACCAACGUGGAAAUAAUCGUAAUCAGAGAAAUCAGCGUAGUCCACCGCCACCAUCAAACGAUCGUCGCGAGAGACAACGUGAUACAACGCUCAAAAAUGGACGACAAGAAUCAUCACGUACAACAGAUAAAAAUUCAUCAUCAAAAAGUCGACGACGACAACGUUCAGUAAGUCAUGAGAAUGGUUAUAAUUGA